AUGACUCAACCCAACCCGUACAUUCUUGCAGCCGACAACCCCACCGCCGUGCUGACCCUGCUGCGCGCCGAUCCCUCCAUCGCCUCCAACCAGGACGAACACGGCUACUCGCUGCUGCACGCUGCCGCGUCCUACGGCCACAUCGACCUGCUGCGCGCGCUGGUGCGCGAUUUCCACGCCGACGUGAACCUCCUCGACGAAGACGGCGAGACCUGUCUGUUCGUGACCGAGUCCGUCGACAUCGCAAAGUGUCUGGUCGAGGAGCUGGGCGUCGACGUCGCCCGCAAGAACGAUGAGGGCUUCACCGCGCUCGAGUCCAUCGAGGCCGACGGCUCGUUCCCGGCCGUCGCGGCGUACCUGCGCCAGGUCAUGGGGCUGCCCGAGCAGCCGGACACGGGCGCCGACGCCGCGCUGAACCCGCCGCCGCCGCUGCCGCCUAACAUCAAGGUUAACUUGGGGACUGUGUCGGAGCAGGAGGCGAACGCUGGGGCGGACGAGGUGGACCCGGAGUUUAAGCGCCGCAUUGAUGAGUUGGCGGCGCGGGAGGAUUUUAACAGCGAGGCGACGCAGGCUCAGCUACGCGAGCUCGUCAUGGAUGCUAUUCGUGGGUCGAAUAUUAAUACCCAGGAUCGGGAGACACCAUUCGAAAAUCUGGGCACGUCGCCUGACAGCCACCAUACUACGCUGUCAGACCGCGUCGUCGCAUCCGACACCUCAGACAGUGCGGAUCCACCGCCAUACACCAUCACUGCUACAACUACACCCUCCGCACCAACCACCCAAGAAACACAUCCACCCACCACAUCAGGACCACAAUCCCAAUCCCUAGAACACAAGCCGAUCGCAAUCCCCGCGAUCAGCUCCUCAUCUGACUCCCCCUUUCUACGGGCCUACGCCCCCAUCCUAACCACCUACAAUCUCCCACGCGACUCCUUCUUCUCCUUCCUGGACCACCUGAACAAGGUUAUAUCCGGGAGCCCGCCAUUGCAGGUCCUCGACGCGACCGGCGGCAUCCUCCAGUCGGUGCCGAUUCUCUUCCCGCUGCGCUGGAUCGGCUCCGCGGUCAGCGGGCUGGCCAGUCUCGGCAGCCAGGGCGUCUCCAAGAGUCGCGCGGACUCGUACCUCCGGCAGGCGAACCGCGAGACGUUUGGCCCGCGCGGGCUGAAGGUCGAGAUUGCCAAGCUUGAUGCGCUGGCGUACAUGGCUAAUAUCCCCAUUCUGGAUUCCAAUGGGAAGGUUAGUCGGCAGAAUCCGCUGUUGCAGCGGUUGUUGGAGACGGGGGCUGCAGCGGAGGGGGCGCGUGAUGCUGGGAUGGUAGUGGAGCAGCGUCAGGUUGAGAUCUUGCAGCCGUGGAUUGCGGCGUUGGAGCUUGAUAUUCUGCCGUGGACGUCCAAGUCUAAGUUGACGCGGUUCAAUGCGGCGCUGAAGAAGAGGAAUGACCCGGCUCAGUGGAGGGAUGGGUUGGGGCAAAGCAGUGAGGCGAGUGAAGAGACGGAUAUUCGACAUGGCUUGUGGCUUGUGAUACGGCCGGUGGAUGCAUGA